CAUAAUUUUAAUAACGACGCGCCAUCUAGAAAUCUCUAUAUGUGUAAUGAUUGUGUCUUUACUUGUACAAUAUUGGAUAAUUGUAAAUAUGUCAUUAACAAAGGUUAUAUAUCGUACGUAGCCUUUUAUAUGAAGUCAUAAUUUUGAAAUCAUUUCAUUAAAUUCUCUAUGCUUAAUGUAUGCUUAAACAAUGUCAAAAGACAUCUAUCAAUUUUGAUAAUUUCUUUAUACCAUGAUGGGAAUAUUGUAUGAAAAGAGGCCACUAAAACGGCCAAAAUUAGGGCCGCCUGACGUUUAUCCUCAAGAACCUAAACAAAAAGAAGAUGAACUUACAUCUACAAAUGUUAAACUUGGUUUUGCUACAAUGCCUCAGAUGUCAGAGGAAUUUGGUACCGCAAGACAUUGUAAUGUCACUGCUGCCAAAGUAGGAGCAUAUUUUAAUGCAAUUUUGGCAAAAAAAGAAGAACUUUCUACAAUGCCAGAUACAGCAAGAAAACGACAACAGAUUAAUCCAAAGGACAAUUUCUGGCCAGUAACUGCCAGAACGAAAAAUGGCAUUGAAGCAUGGUUCAAGGAUUUGUCUGGAUGUAAACCAUUGAUAGCUCUUGCUAAAAAAGCACCUAAUUUCAACAAGAAAGAAGAAAUAUUCAUGAUGCUUUGCGAAUAUCAAGUACCAAUGUUACGAGCAGCUUGGUUCAUUAAACUUAGCUCUGCUUAUACAGUAGCAGUAUCAGAAGCUAAAAUAAAAAAAAGACAAUUACCUGAUCCAACUACAGAAUGGACAGGAACACUUAUUAAGUUCUUGAAAGAUCAACUUUCAAAAUUACAAGAAUAUUAUCACAUAAAUAAUCAUAUAACAAAUAAUAUUAAUACUAAUGGUAUUACAAGCAAUUCUUGUAAUGGGAAUAAUACUGGAAAUAAUAGUAGUAAUAAUAAUAGUAACAAUAAUGUCAGUAAUAAUACUAAUAGUAACAAUGGAGUUGCCAAUAAUCAACCAGCUACACCAAAUUCAAAUAAUCAAAUAAUAACUGGAAAUGCCAUAAAUGAGGAGCAUAAAAUAGCUCUAAAACAAUGGCAUUAUUGUGUACAAUUGGCAAAAUAUAUGUUUGAAGAGGGAUUAUUAGAUAGACAAGAAUUAUUACAAUGGAUUUUAGAAUUAUUGGACAAAAUUAAAUCUUCUCCUUCGGAAAAUGGAAUUUUGAAACUUCUGUUACCAUUAGCAUUACAAUAUUUAGAAGAAUUUGUACAAUCUGAAUUAUUAGCCAGACGUUUAGCAUAUCUGUGUUGUCGUAAAUUGGCACAUAUGUGUAAUAAUGUGGAAACUAAUGCUAAUCCACAAAGUCCAACCAUAAAUAAAAAUGAUGUAAAUAUUGGAAAAGAUACUGCUAAUCAAAUUCAAAAUCCAUUAACUAUUGCUUUUAAUGAUUAUUUGUCUUGUCCACAUCACAGAGAUGUAAUCUAUAGUUUAUCAACAAUAAUACAGGUUAUUACAUUAGAAUGUCCCACUGCAUUAGUGUGGAAUAGUGUUGGUGAAGGAAAAGCACCAUCUGUAUUAAAUGGUUCUCCUUUAGAUUAUCUACAGUGUCCUCCUACAGCUUUACCAUGUCCACCUGUAAGUGCAACUAAUCCAAUAAUAAAGCAAUUGAAAAUUGCUCAAAAAAAUAUUCGAGCAAGAUCUCAAGCUGCUGAAGGAAAAUGGUCAUGUGACAAAUGGCAACAAAGCAGUGCUGGAAUAACAACUACUAAAGUAUUAGCUGCAUUAGAUGCUCUAGAUCGGCAUAGUUUUGAUAGGAUGGAUUCUAGCAAUUCUUUAGAUACAUUAUAUGCUAAAAUAUUUACAUCACCAUUGAAAGAUAAUGCCAAUGAACGAGAUACAAAAACAGAAUAUAAUCCGCAACAAGAUUCUGCUGUAGUUGAAAUUUUAUGUGAAUGGGCAGUAAGUGCAGAAAGAUGGGGAGAACAUAGAGCAAUGGCAGUUGCAAAAUUAUUGGAAAAACGACAAAGUGAAGUUACUGGAGAAACAAAUGAUAAUGAUGAUAAAGAUAGUAUUUGUAGUAAUGGAAAUCCACCCGUGCUUCCGAUUUUUCAGUCAUUACUUAUGAAAUUUUUGGAUAUGGAUGCCCCGGUACUAGAUAAUACAACAACUCAAUCAAAAGUUCAGUUUACAAAUUUGGUUCACUUAUUUUCAGAAUUAAUUAGACAUGAUGUAUUUUCACAUGAUGCAUAUAUGUGUACACUUAUUUCAAGAGGAGAUCUCAUACAAGGUCCUGCAGCUAGCAAACCUGGAACUCCAAAUAAUCGAGAACCAAUUGAUGAAGAAUGCUUAUUUCCUGGAAUAGAAACAAAAUUGGAAGUAUCAGAUCAUGGACGAACAAUGGAUUAUGAUGAUAGUAAAAUCGACGAUGAUUUGGAUAAAUUAUUACAGCAUAUUAAAGAAGAUCAACAAAAUAGCAUGGAUGCUCCAGAUAGUCCUAAAGAAGAUGCACUAGCUGGACAUGGAGCUCAAGAAGGAUUAGAUUCAAAAAUACCAUCAAGUCAUAGUAGACAUUUGUUAUAUACAACACAUUUUCCAUUACCACAAGAUGAAACAUGUAGUCAACAUGAUUGUAAUCAACGACAUGUAUUACUUUAUGGAGUAGGUCGCGUUAGAGAUGAUGCUAGACAUAUUGUUAAAAGAAUGACUAAAGAAGUAUGCAAAUUAUUUGGAAAAAAAUUUAGUAUUGAUGUUGCAGAAGGUGGAAAAGUAAAAAAACAUUCUCGGAAUGAAUUUAACUUCGAGGCAAUUACAUUAAAGUUUCAAAAUUUGAGUUAUUUUGAUCAACAUGUAGUAACAUGGCAAUGUGCAACACAAGUUAUAGAAAUGUUGAAUACUUUUGCGCUGGCUGGAUCGUCUUAUUUACCGGUUCAAGAACAUGUAGCAUUUUUAUUCGAUUUAAUGGAAUUAGCAUUAAAUAUAUAUGGUUUAAUAGAUGUUUGCAUACAAAUAUUAAAGGAACUUCCAGAAGUUGAAACACAGUUAGGAGUUAGAAAUAGUCAGCUCGUUAGAAGUUAUACUACAAGUUUAAGUUUGUAUGUUGUAGGGGUAUUAAGAAGAUAUCAUUGUUGUUUGUUAUUGUCUCCAGAACAAACGACGGCAGUAUUUGAUUUACUUUGUAAAGUGGUAAAACAUGUAUCUAAUCCUAGCGAUUGUAGUUCCGCUGAACGAUGCGUAUUGGCACAUCUUUACGAUUUAUAUUCAUCUUGUUCUUUGCUGAAAACGAAACCACAUGGAGUGGAAGCAUUUAGUAAUGCUUAUCCUAAAAUCCGAACAGCUCUUUAUAGUACAUUACAACCGACAACAUCGAGUCAUGUGUAUAAUUCGCAAUUCAUGGUAGACGUUUUUACUAGUCCAAGACGAGGAGGGAAAAUCGAACCACAAUGGGCUAGACAAUUGAAUGAGACACCGGCAAAUCGCUAUAGUUUUGUUUGCAAUGCAAUAGUUGCAGUUUGUAGCGAAACGGAUAACGAUAAAUUAAACGACAUCGCAAUAACAUGCGCAGAAUUAACAGCUUGCUGUAAUGCACUUAACGCUGAAUGGCUUGGAGUUCUUAUGGCACUUUGUUGCUCUUCAAAUAGUUCUACUUUUUAUAUUGAUGUAUUAAAUCAAGUUGAUGUACAAGAUUUAAGUAUACAUAAUUCUUUGGCUGUAUUCACAUCAAUUUUAAUUGCAAGACAUUGUUUCUCUUUAGAAGAUUUUGUUGUACAUAUAGCAUUGCCAUCAUUAGUUAAAGCUUGUAAUGAGGGUCGUGGAGAUGCAGAUAUGGAAGCUGAAGCUGGAGCACGUUUAACAUGUCAUUUACUUCUACGACUUUUUAAAACAGUUGAAUGUCCUCAACCAGCACUAUAUUCUGUGAGCACAAGCCCUCAUCCUUUACCAAAUGGAAAUUCCAGAGGUUACAGUAUAAAAUUAAGUUGUGACAGACAUUUGCUGGCAGCUGCUCACAAUAAUAUUAGAGUUGGUCCAGUUUUAGCUGUACUUAAAGCUAUCUUAGUUGUCGCUGAUGCAACUGCUGGUAAACAACCACCAAAGAAACCAGAUGUACCAAUGAAUCAUUCAAAUAAAGCAGGAGGACCAGCAAGUGUUGGUGUUGGUGUUGGUGUGACUACAGGUGGACCAAGUGAAUUAUCUAUUAGCCAUAUCUUAGGUACCAGUGAUAUUUUAGGAGGUGGCGAUGAUUUGGGACUUGAUUUAGCAAUAUCUUCAUCUAGUAGUAGUGCUGGAAUGACUACAGAAAAUGUAAAAGGAUUGUCAGACUUUGCACAACAUGUUCUUAGACAAAUUUGCAGUCAAGAAUGGGUACUAGAAAGAUGUUUGCAAAAUCCAGAAGAACUUUGUCAUCCUGAUAUGUUGCUUGAUAAUAUGCUGACACCUCGUCAAGCUCAACGAUUACUUCAUAUGAUUUGUUAUCCUGAAACUUCUACAGAUGCAUUUAUUGAUCAAAAGACUCACAUAACAAAUAUAUUAGAAAAUCUGGAACAAUGGAGUUUAAGAAUGUCAUGGCUUGAUUUGCAACUCAUGUAUAAACAAUUUCCUCCAGGAUCAAACGAACUUUCACAAUGGUUAGAUACUGUUGCUAAAGCUGCAAUUGAUGUGUUUCAAUUGAAUACUAUGACUAGUAAAUCAGACAAACGAUCUGGUUCAAUAUGGUUAGUUGCGCCACUCGUUUCAAAAUUACCAAGUGCGGUACAAGGUCGAGUUUUAAAAGUAGCGGGUCAAGUAUUAGAAUCUGGAAAUUGGUCAAAGACAGCAACAGGUCGUGAGAGAAAUAGAUCAAAAUCACCAUCUCUAUUUAAUCAUCAACCUUUCCUUUCAUUAGUACUGACUUGCCUUAAAGGUCAAGAUGAUCAAAGAGAAGGUCUUCUGAUGUCUCUACAUUCACAAUUAUCGCAGUUCUUAAAUAUUAGUAAAGAAGAAAAAAAUUUCGCUACCGAAGAUCCUAAAACGAGAGAGGUAUUGCAAGAUGCAUUGCAAUUAAGAUUUAGUCUCGUCGGUGGAGUUUUUGAUACUAUACAAAGAAAUACUACUGCUACCACAGACUGGGCUAUUUUAUUGGUUCAGUUGGUUAGCUAUGGUGUUAUAGAUUUAAAUAAUAAUUCCGAAUUAUUUACCACUGUCAUAGAUAUGUUAGCAACCUUAAUACAUUCUACACUAGUUUCUGACUCACAAUCUGAAAAAGAUGAAAAUAAGAAACAUUAUCAAAAUUUGAUGAAAAAGUUAAAAAAGGAACUUGGUGAUAGAAAUUCUUCCAGUAUUCGAUAUGUCAGACAAUUGUUACCACUGCCAAAAUUAACAAUGGAAGUUAUUACAUGUGAGCCAGUUGGAUGUUUAACAGACACAAAAGGCAAUAAAAUAGCUGGUUUUGAUAGUAUUGAUAAGAAACAGGGUUUGCAAGUAUGUGAUUCUCAAAGAGUAUCUGCAUGGGAAGUGUUAGAGGGCCAUAAAAAUCCAGCACCUAUUUCCUGGGCUUGGUUUAGAGCAGUUAAAUUAGAACGUAAACCUCUUACAUACCAAAAUGCUCAUAAACUUUUACGAUAUCAUACACAUAGUCAAAUUAGACCUCCUAGUCAUUAUUUGGAUCCACCACCAUUACCUCCAGAAGAUUUAGAACCAGAUAAAAAAGAAUCAGAACCUGGUAAAGCUGAUACACCUAUGAGUAUUGAUUCCCCUGGAAGAGUAGCAGGCAGUGUUGGUGGUAGUGGAAUUGGUAAUACUAUUACCAAUAGCAAAGGAAAAGCUAUGAAGACUCGAAGACAUAGAAGAAAUAAAGGAGCUGCUACACCUACCACACCUGUUUCACAGCAAAUUCAGCAACCACCAAAUCAAUUACAACAAAUGGCAUUUGGAAAUCAACAAGUACCUGUCAGUCAACAACCUGGAAUGUUUACUAAUCAACCACCACAACAUCAACAACCUUGGUAUACUAAUCAACAAACUCAUACACCAGCUCAACAAUACGGAUAUGGUCAACAAUUACCACCAACUCCAGUUGGACCAAGAUAUGAUAGGCCAGGCAUGAACAAUCAAUCAAAACAAGCACUUUCUCACAUGUUACGUUUACGAUUACCGUCCAAUCAAUUAAUAAACUCUCAACAACAACCAAAUGCUACACCUGUUGGUGGACCAGGAGCGUUUCAAGGAAUGCAGAGACAACAAUUCAUUAGGCAACAAUUAAGAGCUCAACAUGGAGCUCCUAAUAUUAAUCCACAACAAGGAAUGUUUGCUUCACAACAACAGCAACAGCAGCCACAACAACAAGGAAUGUAUACUGGAAUGCAACAAGCAGGAAUGAAUCAAAAUUAUGCAGGAUAUGGAGGUCAACAAAUGAUACCACAGCAACAACAGCAACAACAACAACAGCAACAAGCACCUCAACAGGCACAACAGCAACAACAACUAUUGCAGCAGCAGCAGCAGCAACAAGGUUUAAUAAAUCAACAACAGAAUAUGAUGUUUACUAAUCAACAACAAAUAAUGGGACCUCAAAGAGGACAAGAAUAUAUACCACAACAACGUAUGCAACCUGGAGCUACAAGACCACCGUACCUUCAGGUACCAUUUAAGAAAAAAGCUCCAAAUGUCACAAUGAAUACAAUGGGUCCAAUGGGAGGUGGAGUUCAAAAUCAACCAGCACCACCAUACCGACAAACUAGUGGGAAACCUGGUACUGUUGGAGUAACAGGUGUAGGCACUAGUAAUGUUGGUUUACAACAAAAUCAACAAUUUCAACAGCAACAGGCGAUAAACCAACAACGUAUGAGGCAACAAAUGCUUGCAAUGCAACAACAACAACAAGCACAACAACAACAACAAGCACAACAACAGCAACAACAAGGUAAUGCUGCUGGACAACAACCAACUCAGCAAUUAGUAACGCAUUUACAGCGGCACUUGAGUCAACCACCGCAACAUUAUCAACAUCAACCGCCGCCUUAUUAGGAUUUAAUAUGUAAAUAAUUACGAUAAUUGUAAAAUUUACAUAAAGUGUGUAAAUCUAGUUCACAAGAGUUAUGUAACUUAAUUUACAAUGAAUGUAAAGCGUGCCAUGAAAAAGGCAAUAAAAUGGAAAGAAUUUCAGAAAAGCAUUAAAAA